AUGUGGAACAGUGAGACGGCCUUGGGCAAGUUGUUUGAGCCUCAAGGGAGGACGGACUACUAUUGGAGUUAUGACAUUGUCUCCCACGAACUACGUCGGAAGGCCAUGUUGAAGAAGUACGGCAAGGAGAUAAAAAAACUAUUCGGGCCUGAACCUUGGCUUGCGGUAUUUAUGACCCCAGCUAUAUUGCUUCAGCUUUAUCUGGGUUUGCGGGCGUGUGAAAUGAGUUGGCCAGUAUACCUGUUUGUGGCUUAUUUCAUUGGAGGAACAAUAUCCCACAGUUCGUUUUUGGCCAUCCAUGAGACGACUCACGACCUUGUUUUUAAAACGCGCGUAUUCAAUGACUAUUAUGCACUGUUUCUCAACUCUAUUGUGCCUAUUCCUUACGCCAUGAUGUUUAAGAGCUAUCAUGCUGAUCAUCAUCAUUACCUUGGUUGGGAAUACGUUGAUACCGACGUGCCUACUCCAUUAGAAGCCAAAUUGCUGUCCAGCUACUUCGGGAAGUUCUUGUUUCUGACAUGUCAGGUUUUUUUCUAUGUACUCCGACCGUGCAUCAUUUGGAGAGUUCAAGUUGAAAAAAUCCAUUUUAUCAAUUACGCUGUGCAGAUUUUGUUUAAUAUAAUUAUAUACCGUUUUUUUGGUCUGAGCCCGCUGAUCUACUUUCUUGUUUCCAUUAUAUUGGGUACGGGCUGGCAUCCCCUUGCUGGACAUUUUAUUUCAGAGCACUAUGUCUUCAAGGGAGAUGGCAAACAGGAAACUUUUUCGUACUAUGGGCCCUUGAACUGGUUAACCUGGAUGGCUGGAUAUCACGUUGAACACCAUGACUUCCCCAAUAUUGCAUGGGUUCAUAUCUCCAAGCUUCAUGCGAUUGCCCCCGAGUUUUAUAAUGACCUAUAUGUUACUGAGUCUUGGCCUGGUACGCUUUAUGAUUUCUUGUUUGAUAAAAAGGUAAAUCAGCUUUCCCGCGUUGUUCGUGAAAAAGGAGCUUCUAAGCGCGCAAAAUUGUUGCCCACGAAGGUUAAAACUGGGGCUGCGGAAUAG